AAGCCAAUCGGAACACCUCGGCUAUUGUUGAGUGAUAGAAAGGCACGAGAAAAUGUGAGAGCAGAGUGACGAUAAUUUGAUUACGUCCAAUUAAUCAUUAGAAUCCAUUAUUGAUUAAUUUGAGAAGAAUUUUUUAAACAACUAUUCUAUUUGUGAAAUUAUUCAAGCCAAGUGAUCAUUAUCAUAUAUUGUCACAGUCAUGACUUUGAAGAAAAAUUUAAUUGGCAGACGAGCAAAGCGAUAUCGUCAAGAAAAGAGGAAAACAAACAAAAGAACAAAUGGUAUUGCAGAAGACCUCUUGUCUAAACCUCUCGGUGAUAGUUUCUUUAUUGCAACAGAUUCUACAGAGUGUGAGGAAACACCUGUAGUAGGUCAGGAGUACAUUGACAGUGAUGGAGCUCAAGCAGACGAGUUCUUUGUUAUUCUUGACAAGCCGUACAGAUACAGUCCUGAUAUUGAUCUUGAUGACUUUGUUGCAAAAGUCAACUUAUAUAUAUUUAAUAAAUUACGCCAGAACUGUAAAAUGCUUAUAACAAAUGAGUUUACAUACAUGGAAUCAUCAAAUGACUUAAAAUUCAUACAGUUGUAUGACAGUGACAAAUAUUGGGACUCUCCACGAGUGAAAACUUGUGUUUGUGUAGGACGAGACUUCAAAAUUCACAUAAGUGUUCAUGGUAUAAAGAUUCCAGACUAUCAUUUGAUAUGGGUUUCUAUGGGUCGAUACUGUAAUUCAGUAAAAGGUGUGCAUUAUGUGCUAGAACAGGUUCAGAAAUAUGACAUAUGUUGUGGGAACCAGGACAGUGAAUUACAGGAUUUGAUUCCUGUUGGUACCUUGUUUGAUGUAAAAAAUGACUACAAGUUUCAAGGGUUCAAGGAAUCAUUUUACAUUGGUAGCACUAUAAGGUGCACAAAGUGUAGUCUGCUCAUAAACACUAAAACAAGUACUCGAUGUGAAAACUGUAACACAUACAGGCGGACCUUAAGAAAAACAUUGUCAAGACGGCAAAACACUCCGGAAUUACCUCCACAUGAAAAGGAUUGGAUGAAGUCAAAGGCUCCCGACUCUAAAUUGACAGGAAAUCAAAUGUUUUACAAAGUAAAACAAUUAAAACAAUAUUCGAGUCAGCUUGAAAAAGAGGUAGCAAGACUGAAACAGGAAGCGAAAAAAAAGAAAACUGUCACGAAAGGUGUAGUGUUGAGUGAUCGUGAAGUGAAUGAAAUUAUAGACUUGAUGGAAAAUUCAGAAAGGGAGGUUUAUCAUAGUAAUCCUGAUGAAAACUCUGGGGAUUUGUGGGAAUAGGGAGAGCAUUUAACUUCAACAAAAUAAGCAUGGCGUGAGAUGGCUUCCUGCCAUUAUUAAAUGGUGCAAGUUUUUUAAAACAUAGGUAAUCUACCAUUUAUGAUACAUGUAUGUGAAGAAACUCUAAAUUUGUGGGGAUUAUCAUUGGAUAAUCACUUUACUAAUGUAACAAAAAAGAACAGGCUCCCAAGCUAGCAUUGUGGAUAAAUAAAUCGAACAGCGUGCAAACAGAGUAAUUUUGAAAUAUAUUUUAAUGAAAUUUAAGUACACUGUACUAUUCAUGUACCGGUAAAUGGAAUAUCACAUGGAUUGUAUAAAUUAUACUAUAAAAAUAUCUGCAAUGGAUAAUUUUGCAAUCGUUCUAUAGCUCUGUGAAUGGUUAAUUUGAUGGGAAGCGCUCUCAUCAAUAUGAUUAUAAAUUACUUUUUAUAUACAAUGUACAUGUGUUCGCAAGUAUCUUCAAUUGACAUGGUAAUCAGAAUUAUUAUCCCUAGCGGAUAAAGUUGAAAGUGGGAUGAUGCUAGUAGUAAUGGCACAUGUGGGUUUUUCCUACCUAACCUUAGGGUACAAACAAACUUUUACCUCUUUGGCUUCACAGUGCACAACUGCUCUCAUGGAAUGGUUAAUGAGUAAUAUACUAAUUUUCGAUAUAUUUACCAAAUGGUAACUGUAAAAAAUUUGUUUGUACUCCAGGAUUAAUAGCUGGGAAAAACCAACAUUUGCCAAGUGCCAGCGUACAAAUGUAUUUUAAAAACUAAGCAAGCAUGUAUAAAAAUAGUAAGGAAAUGAUGUUUUUUAUGCCACCGCAGCAUCUGCGAUGCGGUGGCAUAUAGCGAUUCACCUGUGUGUAUGUGUGUGUGUGUGUUUGUUUGUUUGUUUGUUUGUGUGUGUGUGUGUGUGUUAUAUAGAUUAUAUAGUGAACUUAAAAAAAUCUUCUUGUGAAAAACCACUAGUCCAAUUUCAACCAAACUUGGCAGGAUUGAUCCUUGGGUGAAGGGGUUCAAAAGUUGUUCAAAGAAUUUCAUUCCAUGCAGAAAUCUGGUUGCCAUGGCAACCAAAAGGAAUUAUAAGAAUAAAUUAAAAAAAUCUUCUUGUAAAGACCCAAAAGGCCUAGAGCUUAGAUAUUUUGCAUAAGGCAUUGUCUGGUAGACCUCUACCAAGAUUGUUCAAAUUAUAGCCCUGGGGUCAAAAUCAGCCCCGCCCCGGGGGUCAUUGAUUUUCACUAUAUGUACAUAUAGUAAAAACUUAAAAUACCUUCUUGUAAAGACCCAAAAGGCCUAGAGCUUAGAUAUUUUGCAUAAGGCAUUGUCUGGUAGACCCUUACCAAGAUUGUUCAAAUUAUAGCCCUGGGGUCAAAAUCGGCCCCGCCCCGGGGGUCAUUGAUUUUCACUAUAUGUACAUAUAGUAAAAACUUAAAAUACCUUCUUGUAAAGACCCAAAAGGCCUAGAGCUUAGAUAUUUUGCAUAAGGCAUUGUCUGGUAGACCUCUACCCAGAUUGUUCAAAUUAUAGCCCUGGGGUCAAAAUCGGCCCCGCCCGGGGGUCAUUGGUUUUCCUUAUAUGUAUAUAGUAAAAACUUAUAGUAAAAACUUUAAAAAAAUUUCUUCUCGCAAUUGACAAAUGCUAGAGGUUAGAUAUUUUGCAUGAAACAUUGUGAAGUGAACUUCUAGCAAGAUUGUUCAAAUUAUAGCCCUGGGGUCAAAAUUGCCCCCGCCCCGGGGGUCAUUGAUUUUCAGUAUAUAUAUAUAAUAAAAAAUCUUAUUGUCUGAAGGUACAAAGCUUAGAGCUUUAAUAUUUGUUAAAUGAUAUCAUCUAUAGGAACUCUACCAAAGUUGUUCAAAUUUUGUGUCAAAAUUAGCCCCGCCCCGGGGGCCAUAGGUUUUCCUUAUAUGUAUAUUGUAAAAAAUUUAAAAAAUCAUCUUCUUUAAAUUUACAAAGACUAGAGUUAAGAUAUUUUGCAUGAAACAUUAUGUAGUGAACCUCUAGCAAGAUUGUACAAAUUAUAGCCCUAGGGUCAAAAUUGGCCCAACCCCCAGGGGUCAUUGAUUUCACUAUGUACAUAGAGUAAAAAAUUAAAAAAUCCUCUUGUCUGACGGUACAAGGCUUAGAGCUCUGAUAUUUGGUAUAUAAUAUCAUCUAUGGGUCCUCUACUAAAGUUGUUUUAAUUAUGCCCCUAGUGUUAAAAUUGCCCUGCCCCAGAGGUGAUAGUUUUCCUUAUAUGAUUGAAUAAAGUGAAAACUUGAAAAAUCUUCUUCUCUGAAUUGAAAAAUCUUUUUCUCUGAAUUGACAAAGGCUAGAGGUUAAAUAUAUGGCAUGAGACUUUGCAAAGUGAACCUUUACCAAAAUUGUUCAAAUUAUAGCCCUGGGGUCAAAAUAAAAAAUAUUUUUGUCUGAAGGCACAAGGCAUAGAGCUUGGAUGUUUGCUAUAUAAUAUCAUCUAUAGGUCCUCUACCAAAGUUGUUCAAAUUUUUCCCCUGGUGUCAAAAUUGGCCCUGCCAGGGGGCAGUGAUUCUCAUUAUGUACACAUAGUAAAAACAGAAAAUAAAACAAAUGUUUUCUGAAUGGGAGAAAGCUACAGCUUAGAUAUUUGACUUGCAAUUUUGUUUGGUGGACCUGUGUCAAGAUUGUUUUGAAUUAAACCCUUGGAUCCAAAAUUUUGCCUUGCCCAAGGGGACAGUGACCUACUUUCUUGUCCUUUGAUGUACAGCAAUGAAAUUUUGACCAUGUGCACAGUUAUAGUUGUAAAAUUGAACUUUGAUAUCAGGUGACCUAGAUUUUGAUGAUGUGACCUACUUUCUUGUCCUUUGAUGUACAGCUAUGAAAUUUGCACCAUGUGCACAGAUUAAGAUGUAAAGUGAACUUUGAUUUCAGCUGACCUAGAUUUU